GAGGCCCCGCUGAGCGGCACCCGCGCGCGCCAAUGGGGCCGCCCUGACCUGGCGCAGGUGAGCGGCGGGGACGAGCGGUGGUUCCGGCCCUGCCGCCGCCGCCAUGGAGCCCGUGGGCGCCUGGGGCCCUGCGCAGGUGGCGGCCUGGCUGCGAGGGCUGGACGCGGCGGUGCAGGGGUACCCCUUCGAGGCGUGGGGGCUGGCGGGCGCUGAGCUGCUGGGGCUGUCGGCGGGGGCCCUGGAGGCGCUGGGCGUGCGGCGCGUGGGGCACCAGGAGCUGCUGCUGGACGCCGUGGAGCAGCUCCGAGCCCUGGACACGGAGCUGGCGAGCACCAGCCUGCGGACGCUGACGGAGGGGCUGCGGGACCUGGCGCAGCGCACCCAGACCCUGGUGCUGGAGGGAAUGCCCGGGGCUGCCACCCCCCAGCCGCCCCCCUUCGCCCUGCUGGCCUGCGUGGUGGAUCUGAUCGGGGCCGCCAAGGGGCUCUUCUCCUGGCUCAACAGGUACCUUUUCUCCACCCUGAACGACUUUUCGGCCAGCAGGGACAUCGUCCUGCUCUGCGCCCGGCUGGCGGAGGUGCUGCAGGCGGUGGGUACCCGGGGUGGCCGCGGCCUGGACAUCAUCUCCACCAGCUCCUGCCUGCACUUCGUGUCCGCAACCAACUCGGAGGUGACUGGGAAACUUCCUGAAAGUUCCCUCCCUGCCCUGCCUCUGCCCCAGGCCCUGGCUGCGCAGGGGGGCCGCAUCCUGCCCGGAGAUGAGAUCGUGCAGGUCAACGAGCAGGUGGUGGUGGGCUGGACACGCACCAACCUGGCGAAGAAGCUGCUGGAGAAGGCGAGCGGGGUGACGCUGGUGCUGAAGAAGGUCCCCCUCAGCCCGCCUGGCUCCCCCCUGUCUCCCCGGCAGCAGGUGCCAGGAGCCUUUUCGGAUGCUGCGGAUCCUCCCGCUGCCAAAAGCAGCGAGUGCCCCGGCAGCCCCGUGUCCCUGACGUCCAGCGCGGCCGCCGACGUGGAUUCGGGGCCGGACUCUGCACCGGACCCCGGUACUGACGACGAGGACGAGUGUGACCCGAGCCUGCCCGGGGAGGACGUGGGCGAGCUCCCCCCGGCACCGCUCGGCAGCGGUGCUGCAGGGGACGCGGCGUGGGAGGCCAGCACCCCGCCGGGCACCCCGUGCUCGCCACGUGCACCCACCAGACCCCGCACCGCGGAGCUCAGCCCCUUGGCAGCCCCCGGGGCUGGGGCUCAGGGCGCAGAGCCCAGCCGGAUCCCCGGGGAGGGCAGCCCCGAGACUGGACGCAGACCCAAAGGAGUGGCGACCAGGCUGAGCCGCCGGCGGGUCUCGUGCCGGGACCUGGGCCGGGUGGACUGCGAUGGCUGGCUCCUGAAGAAGAAGGACCACGUGGGCUUCAUGGCCCAGAAGUGGAAGCGGUGCUGGUUUGUGCUGAAGGGCCACACGCUCUACUGGUACCACCACCCCAACGAUGAGAAGGCUGCGGGUCUCAUCAACCUGGCCACCUACAACCUGGAGAGCACGAGGGAACAGAAGAAGAAAUACGUCUUCCAGCUCUCCCACGAGAGGUACAAGCCCUUCAUCUUCGCCGCAGAAACGCUGGCGGAUUUAAGCAUGUGGGUCAGUCACCUGGUAACGGCCAAGACGAAGCACGCGCUGGGCCACCAGCCGGUGCCGCACAGGGAGGAAGACUGCUACAGCGAGACAGAAGCCGAGGACCCCGAUGACGAAUCUCCCCGGCAGGGCUGCGACUCGCCAAAGAAAAGGCUGCAAAACCCCCCAGAGAAAGGCCAGCUCUUCCCGACCAGCGGCGAAUCCAGCAGCGCAGCCAGCAGCCCCCAGGGCAGCCCCCGGCCGCGGUCACCCGAGGAGCCCGGCGAGGAGGACCUCGAGAGCCUGAUGCAGUGCCUGAAGCAGGGGGGGGUGUCCCUCAUCGGGCGGCAGCGGUUCCUGACGCAGGAGCAGUGCCGCAAGUCCUUCAUCCGGCGCAACAAGAACCCCCACGUCAACGAGAAAGUGCACGCGGUGCGCGCCCUGCAGAGCACGCUCAAGGCGAAGCUGGCGGAGCUGCAGGCCCUCGAGCAGCUGCUGGACGACGACACGCUCACCUCGGAGAAGUUCUCGCGCUGGAAGGAAGAGCACCAGGACCUGUACCAGGAGCUGCAGGAGUGCUGGGCACAGCGGCAGGGCCAGGGCAGCGGCGGGGGAGACCCCAAGGCCGAGCAGAGCCCCCCAGGAGAGGCAGCCAAACCCUGACACCCCCAGGACGUCUCUGGCAUCAAUUGUUCUCCAUAAAACUCAUGGUGCUGCGGGUGCUCUGCCUGCCCUGGGGUGGGUGCAUGGCAGGAUUUGUGGCAGCUCUGAAGGCUCAGACCCCUUCUGCUAUAUCGCCCACGGGAGCGGGACGUUGCAGGGACGGUCUUGCUUUUUCCAAGGACGUUUUGCCUCGGCCACAUGUUCGCAACGGGGCCCUUUUCCUGGAGGAACACGCUCCCACCGUGUGCCAGCGUGGUGCCUCUGGCUGGGCUCUCUUCUGUAAAUAAAAACCGUGUCGGUGAGG